UCUCUUCAAGGGGUUUAUCCACUUGAUUUCCUCUGCAAAAUUUUCUACAGACAAACAAAAACUACUUCCAUUUUCUUCAUCUCUAGCUAAGCCUUACUGCUCACUGUAAGUAUUAUUGGAGUUUGGAGAUUAUAUUUAAGCUCUGUUUUUCUUAUCUCAAAUUUGUUUCUUGUUCUUGUUAAAGCCAAUUUUCUUCAUGUAUCCAAGAAUUGACUGUACAGUUAUGGUUGAUUCUACCUGAUAGAUUCCGGGUUUUGUGUAAUUUGUUGAAAAAAAAUCAUAUUUUCUUCUGUUUGUGGUUGAGUAAAUUGUGAACAGAACCUGUUUGUUUAUUUGUUUCAAUGGCUGCUUUAGUUUCCACUCUUAAAUGUUAUCCGUGGGUUCUUCCACAAAACCCAACUUCUUGUUUGUCUCAGAAACAACCUCUAUCACUUCCAAUUUCAUCUCUGCACCGUCACGAUGAGCUCAGGGCGACAACUUCUUCUGCAGCAGUGACCAGUUUGAACCCAUUUUCUACAUUAUCUUCUCUUUUUACCCAUGAGCUUCUACCAAAUUUUACUUCAGAAGACUUCCUUGGUGUACUUCAGCGACAAAAGGACUCGGAUUCUGUAAUGAGUCUUUAUGAGUGGGUGUCAAACCAGCCUAAUUUUGUUCAUACUUCUGAUAUAUAUGAAGAGAUACUUCAACUGCUUGGUGCUUUUGGGGAUUUUGAUUCGAUGAAGCGUGUACUUCAUGACAUGAAGACUUCUGGGAUUGAGAUUAAUCAAGGUAAUUUUCUUAUCUUUAUUGAAAGUUAUGUGAAAUUGAAUUACUUUGAUGAGGCUGUGGGUGUGCUUACAUUGAUGAAAGAAGAAUUUGGGUUGAAACCAGAUACGUACACAUAUAAUUACUUGCUGAAUGUUCUUGUUGAUGGGAAUAAACUAAAACUUGUUGAGUCUGUUCAUACGGACAUGAACGAUCGGGGGAUCAAACCUGAUGUUUCGACUUUCAAUAUAUUGAUUAAGGCUUUGUGUAAAGCUCAUCAAAUUAAGCCUGCCAUCUCUAUGAUGGAGGAGAUGCGGAAGCAUGGUGUGGCCCCAGAUGAGAGAACUUUCACAACCAUCAUGCAAGGUUUUAUUGAAGAUGGAAAUAUGGAAGGAGCUUUGAAAAUUAAAGACAAAAUGGCAAAGGUCGGCUGCCAGUUUACUAACAUAACCAUUAAUGUUCUGAUUCAUGGGUUCUGCAAACAGGGUCAAGUAGAGGAAGCUCUGAGUUUUAUCCAAGAAAUGGCUGAGGAGGGUUUUCGCCCUGAUAAAUACACCUUCAACACUUUGGUUAAUGGCCUUUGCAAGGUUGGACAUGUCAAGCAUGCUUUAGAAAUUCUGGAUUUAAUGCUUCAAGAGGGAUUUGAUCCGGAUAUCUUUUCUUACAACACCCUGAUAUCUGGACUUUGUAAGUCUGGUGAUAUUGAAGACGCUUUGGAGGUCCUGAAUUUGAUGGUGUUGAGAGAUUGUUUUCCAAAUACUGUUACAUAUAACACUCUCAUCAGCACCAUGUGUAAGGAAAAUCGUGUUGAAGAAGCCAGAAAGCUAGCUCUUGGUCUUUCUGAGAAGGGACUGUUACCUGAUGUAUGCACAUUCAACUCCCUUAUAGAUGGUCUCUGCACGUCUGGGAACCAUAGGAAUGCAAUGGAACUUUUCAGGGAUAUGAAGAAUAAGGGAUGCCCGCCAGAUGAGUUUACAUACAAUAUCUUGAUUGAUAGUUUCUGUAACAGAGGAAGACUCGAAGAUGCAUUGGACCUACUGAGAGAAAUGGAAACGAAUGGUUGUGCCCGGAAUGUAAUAACAUAUAACACUUUGAUUGAUGGGCUUUGCAAGAGUCGAAGAAUCAAAGAAGCUGAAGAGAUCUUUGACCAGAUGGAACUUCAAGGGGUUUCAAGGAACUUGAGGACAUAUAAUUCUCUCAUCGAUGGACUGUGCAAGAACAAUAGAGUGGACGAAGGACUUAUACUCAUGGAUCAGAUGAUAUUGGAAGGAUUGAAACCUGACAAGUUUACUUAUAAUUCAUUACUCACUCACUAUUGCAGAGACGGAAAUAUAAAGAAGGCAGCAGAUAUUGUUCAAGUGAUGACUUCUAAUGGCUGUGAACCAGAUGCAGUCACCUAUGGAACACUGAUUAGUGGUUUAUGUAAGGCUGGUAGAGUUGAAAUUGCGAGUAGGCUUCUUAGAACAAUCCAGUUAAAAGGAUUUGUCCCAGCACCGCAAGCAUAUAACCCUAUAAUCCAAGCAUUAUAUAGAAAACAGAGGCUUAAAGAAGGCAUGCGACUUUUCAGAGAAAUGGAGAGUGGUAAUCCUCCAGAUGCUAUCACUUAUAAGAUUGUUUUCCGUGGUCUUUGUUCUGGAGGGGGACCUAUUGCAGAAGCUGUUGAUUUCGCGAUUGAAAUGACAGAGAAAGGUUUCUUGCCAGAAUUUUCCUCGUUCUCUAUGUUGGCUGAAGGUCUUUGUGCGUUAUCCAUGGAAGACGAACUGAUUAAGCUUGUCGAUCUUGUGAUGAUUAAGGCAAACUUUUCAGAGAGUGAGAUAUCUAUUGUAAUGGGUUUUCUAAAAAUCCGCAAGUAUCAAGAUGCAUUGGCUAAUUUCGACCGCAUCUUGAGCAUCCGACAACCAAGGAGGUCUUACAGAAGAUGAAGAUACGAUAUGGACUUCUGCUUAGUAAACUAAACUAGCAUAAAAAUAAAUAAAGUGCAGAUGAUUUGAAGCUGCGGAUGGAAUAGCAUUCUAGGUUAGUCCUUGUAUCACCAGUGGUCCAGUGGAGUUGGUUUCAUAUAUGUUAAAGGACCUCACUGAAGGUGUUGUUGUACUGAAGAUAUAUAGCCAAGUAUUCUCUAAUUUUUGUCUCGGCUGUUGUAAAAUUGAAAGUACGGAAUUUCUUGUAAAGGUGUUGGUUUCUUUAGAAACAAAUACCUACCGGAGACAUCGUUUGCCA